CCGACUUCCACUCCACUUCGAACAGCGCUUUCCGGCGACUGCCUACGUGACUCAGAACCCACUCUACUGCCCAUUCAGGUUCCUAAUUGGCAUCAGCCACAUUCAGGUUCCGAAUUGGCAUCAGCCACAUUCAGCUGAUUUUCGAGACGUCCAGGGAACCUCCAAUCGUCGUUCGGGACGUGUAUCCGAAGAAGGGAUGCGUGAAACACCGGGUCAAGGCCCCUUUGCUUCAGAUUAGGGGGCAAGUCUAUCUCAAAGGACAAAUUACCGAAGUCUCUCGUGAUCAGGGCAACUCCUGCCAGCCUGAAGGAAGAGAGCACACAGCACACAACAACCUCACAUGAGUC